AUGACCUUAGCAGAGCUCACGAACAAUCCAAAAUACAUAGAAUUAUCAACUCGACUUUAUAGACACUUAUGGACAAAAUUUCCAGGAAAAGUCGGUAUUGUUGAUGUAAAUCAGUCUAAUAGAUCGGACAUUAUUCGAAUUACUGGAGGAGCAGAUUCAUAUUAUGAAUAUAUCAUAAAAAGCUACAUUUUAUCCGGUCGAACAUCAUCCAAAAUACUUGAGAAACAUAUGAAAUACUUAGCAAUGAUAAAAGAGAAAGCAAUAGGAAAAGUUAAUAAUAUUACCAUUCUUCACGAUUAUGACGAUGAUAAAAUAAUCUACUGGAUUAGACAUUUAUCCACAUUUUAUGCUGGCACAAUUGCAACAGGAGCAGUUAAAGAAAAUUCUGAAUGGAAAUCUGAUCUCAACACUGCAGAAGAGUUAACUCACAGAUAUUAUAAAUUAUAUAAUCUAUUUAAGACCGGUCUUGGUGCCGAUAUGUUUGACUAUGAUUUUGUAGAUGGAAAAUUUAUUAUUUCAUUUUGGUCCGAAUCAUAUAUUUUACGUCCAGAAACAAUUGAAUCCAUAUACUCACUCUUGAAAUUUACAGGAAAAGAGAUAUAUAGAUAG